AUGGAUUCCUCACUCGUUCUCUCCUUUCUCCUUUUCAUCUUCUUAUUCCAUUUCAGUUACAGGGUAACAGGUCAAAAGAGUUGCCAGACUUAUACCUGCAGCGACAGUACCGGACCGGCGAUUCGAUUCCCUUUCAGAAUAGAAGGGCUUCAGCAGGAGACUUGUGGAUACCCAGGGUUCGACCUCAAGUGCAGUAAACAGAGUAAUACGAUUCUGGAGAUUCCGUCUUCAGGAAGGUUUUGGUUACAAGAAAUCGAUUAUACCAAACAGGAGAUCGGCAUCGUCGAUCCAGAUAACUGUCUUUGGAGAAAAUUACGUUCUUUGAAUCUCUCUGGUUCACCUUUCAAGGGAUUUUACUACGAGAACUAUUGGAUGGUUAAGUGUUCGACGAAAUUGACGAUGGUUUCUGUUCCUCCGUCGAAGUUCAUAGAUUGUAUGAGUAAUUCGAGUUAUAACGUUUGGGCUACGGCUUCAGAGGUGGAUGCGUUGAUGAUGUUACCGAUGGGUUGCGAGCUGAUUGCGACGAUGUCGGUUCCGGUUCCUUGGUCGGGAUACUAUGAGAACGGUGAUCAAACCUCGUUUAAUGGCCAGAGAGAAAACCUUGUGCUUAAAUGGGAUGAGCCCUAUUGCGCUGAUUGUGAGGCGAAGGGAGGGAGAUGCGGGCGGUUGCAGAGCAACUCCAGUCUUGAAGUUGGAUGUUUCGAUGUUUCUCGAACUCGACACGUGUUGUACUUUUGGGGGAAAACAGGAUUACCAAGGAGUGUGAGCUAUGCAGUGACCAUAGGAGUUGGCAUACCAGUACUCUUAUGUGGGAUUGGGCUUGCAUGCUAUGUUGGUGACAGGGUCAAGAGAUACAGGAGACGCAAUACUCAUGUAGCAGAGGCUGGAUCCUCCUCCAUCAUCAAUUCCCAGCCCAUCGUCAUCGUCGUCGGCCUCGACAACACAACCAUUGAAUCUUAUCCCAAAGUGGUACUCGGUGAGAGCUGCCGGCUACCCAAACCUAAUGACAAUACAUGCUCCAUCUGCUUGGCAGAGUACCAGCCCAAGGAGACACUCAGAACUAUACCACAAUGCCAACACUGUUUCCAUGCUGACUGUAUUGAUGAAUGGCUUAGAACCAACGCGACCUGUCCCCUGUGCCGGACUUCUCCAGCGCCACUGUCGUCUGCCCAUUCACCUCCAUAAUCUAUCUUCUUCAC